GGCCCCGACCGGCGGGGGCGCGGGGCGCGCGUCUCUGCGGAGUGCUGUGCGGCGUGCAGGACUGUGCCCGGCAUACCGGGAAGCCAGGCGCAGGCCUUCUGGAGCAGGAGAGUCCAGACAUUUUAAAGGGGCCAGUUCAGGAAGGAAAGCUUCCGUUCUGCUGUGAAGCCGCUGGACGGGAGGGCCUGAUGGCUGCAAAAUCCCAGCCCAGCGCUUCCAAAACCAAGAGUCCGGCCAGCGUCACCAAUGGCAGGGCUAUCUCUCAAGGGCAGUGGGGCCGUGCCUGGGAGGUGGAUUCGUUUUCCCUGGCGAGCGUCAUCUUCCUGCUGCUCUUCGCGCCCGUCAUCGUAUACUACUUCAUCAUGGCCUGUGACCAGUACAGCUGCGCUCUGACUGCCCCCGUGGUGGACAUCGCCACUGGCCGUGCUCGGCUCGCAGACAUCUGGGCCAAGACCCCGCCUGUGACGAAGAAAGCGGCCCAGCUCUAUGCCCUGUGGGUCACCUUCCAGGUGCUUUUGUACACAUGGCUUCCUGACUUCUGCCAUAAGUUUGUGCCGGGCUACGUAGGGGGAGUCCAGGAGGGGGCUGUGACGCCUGCAGGGGCUGUGAACAAGUACGAAGUCAAUGGCCUGCAAGCCUGGCUCAUCACGCACCUCCUCUGGUUUGCCGGCGCCCACCUCCUGUCCUGGUUCCCACCCACCAUCAUCUUCGACAACUGGAUACCGCUGCUGUGGUGUGCCAACAUCCUCGGCUAUGCCGUGUCCACCUUCGUGAUGAUCAAGGGCUACUUCUUCCCCACCAAUGCCAAAGACUGCAAAUUCACAGGCAAUUUCUUUUACAACUACAUGAUGGGCAUUGAGCUUAACCCCCGAAUUGGGAAGUGGUUUGACUUCAAGCUAUUCUUCAACGGACGCCCCGGGAUUGUCGCUUGGACCCUCAUCAACCUGUCCUUUGCUGCUAAGCAGCAGGAGCUCUACGGCCAAGUGACCAACUCCAUGAUCUUGGUCAACGUCCUGCAGGCCAUCUACGUGCUGGACUUCUUCUGGAACGAAACCUGGUACCUGAAAACCAUGGACAUCUGCCAUGACCACUUUGGGUGGUACCUGGGCUGGGGCGACUGCGUCUGGCUGCCGUACCUUUACACGCUGCAGGGUCUGUACUUGGUCUACCACCCCGUGCAGCUCUCAGCUGCCCAUGCCAUGGGCGUCCUGCUGCUGGGCCUGCUGGGCUACUACGUCUUCCGCAUGGCCAACCACCAGAAGGACCUGUUCCGCCGCACGGACGGCCGCUGCCUCAUCUGGGGUGGGAAGCCCAGGGCCAUCGAGUGCUCGUACACGUCCGCCGACGGGCAGAAGCACCACAGCAAGCUGCUGGUGUCGGGCUUCUGGGGCAUGGCCCGCCACUUCAACUACACCGGCGACCUGAUGGGCAGCCUGGCCUACUGCCUGGCCUGCGGGGGCGGCCACCUCCUGCCCUACUUCUACGCCGUCUACAUGGCCGUGCUGCUGAUCCACCGCUGCCUGCGGGACGAGCACCGCUGCGCCAGCAAGUACGGCAAGGACUGGGAGCGCUACACUGCCGCCGUGCCCUACCGCCUGCUGCCUGGGAUCUUCUAAGGCAGCAGUCCCCAACCUUUGUGGCACCGGGAACCAGCUUCAUGGAAGACAGUUUUUCACGGACGGGGGUGGGGUGGGGGUGGCGGUGGGGUGGCGGCGCUCGAGCGGUGAUGCAAAUACAGAUGAUACGGAUGAAGCUUUGCCACUCACCAGCUGCUGUGUCCCCCACUUCCUGUUCCCAAGUUUCAUGGAAAACUAUUUUUCCACAGAUGGGGAGCCAAGGGGGGAGGCCGUGUGACAGAGCUCUGCAGCCUGGGCCCUAACAGGCCACAGACUGGUACCGGUCCACAGCCUAGGGGUUAGGGGCUGCAGUUCUAAGGCUCCGUCCCAGGGAGAAGCCUCUGGGCGGCUGUGAAGAGCAUGUUCAGCCAGGUCCGUGGGGGCUGGCAUCCCAGCUCCGCCCACUGGUGAGCCUCAGUUUACUCAUCUGUGACAGAAAGAGCCUGGCACUGGACGGGUGUCUAUAAGUAAUGGCGUUCUUUCCUUUCCCUUGUCUGGAGGGGACUUCUGAGAGUUUACACCAACUGCUUUUGCCAGCAGAAGUGACUUUCUCUGUUCAGUGCCCCAAGGGCAGGAAGAUGACCUUUAAUAGCCCUUUGGGGACAGAGUUUCUUUGUACUGAGAGCCCAGGCUGCUCCACUGCCUAGACAAACUGGUAUCUGACACUUAACGGGACAUCUUCCAGCUCCCUGUGAUUAGGACUGCACUUGUUCUUGCUAAAUGAAAGUCGGAGUGGGCUAUAUCAGGUGCACCAGUUACCCAUUUAUUGCCUUUCAGCUCCGCCCCGCCCUUCAUUACCUGCAGUGCAGUAGCGGCCAGGCCCUGGUACGAUUUCUCUUCUGCAGCCUGCACAGUGUUAAACUGGACAGUAGAGGGCGCCAGGGCAGUGCGGGAGGGAGGGGAUUCUUGUUCCCACAGCUGGGCUGCCAGAGGUGGUGUGGGGACGUCCAGGGGUCUGGGUGACGAUCUGAUCUGGGCAGGGUCGUAGUCCCAGCUGUGGCCUUCCUGAUGUUAGACAGAUGGGCUCUGGUCCCGACCCCCCGUGAGCCCUGCCCGGCAGCCGCGGCCUGGCCACCCCCAACAGGGCCGUCUCCUGCUUGCCCCGUGACCCAGAGAGCCUCCCCGUCCAGCGGCUCCACGCCUUUCCCGUGAGAUGGUCUGACUCCCCGACUCGGGGAGGGACCUCCUCAAGUGUUUGCUUGCCUGGGAGCCUCUCCCUCAAACCCAGGGAUUCUGUAAAACUCUUUUUAAACAUUAGUCUUUUAGUAGAGUUAAUCUUUCCAUCAAACUUUCGUGUGAAAAUAAAUGACUGUGGUUUCUG